AUGGUUAGAUUAAAGACAAGAUAUAUUCUCUUUCAAAUACACAGCGAGUCACAGACUGCUCCAACGCCCAAGACGAUCAUAUCCACGCUUCGAUUAUCACUUUCCAAGAACUACGGUGACAAGGGGCUUGCGGAUUCGAUCACAUCAUUUAUAAUUAAAUAUUUCUCUCCCAAGACUGGGAUGGGGAUACUGCGAUGUCAUUUCGAUGCUGUUGAAAAUGUGCUUGGUGCAAUGUUUUUUGUCCAGACCUUGGACGGGAAAAACGUAGUAUUGGAGGCGAUUGGUGUUAGUGGUAGCAUUUCCAAGGCUGAGCGACGAGCCAUAAGGAGGAAUAAAGAUAUGAUUAGGCGGCUGAAGAACGAGGGAAGAGAGAAUGAAGUUGAGGGACUAAUCCUGGAUAUGAAGGAUGAGAAUGAGGGGGAGCUAUGA